GGGAUUUCCGUGUUGACUCCACUCAGCUGAACUACUGGCUCUCUUUCACCUGGGCUUCGGAGAUAGGUUAAGAUAUAAUCAAAAUGAAGAGUCAAUUUUGGUUGUUAGCCCUUUUCGGCUUACUGCUCGCGUCAACAUGUGUGUUGGCUGAAGGAGCGGAAGAUGCUACUGUUGAGUUGGAUGAUGAUAUUGGUAGCAGUAGAGAUGGAUCAAAGACAGAUGACGAAGUUGUCAUGAGAGAGGAGGAAGCAAUCAAAUUGGAUGGUUUGAGUGUGGCACAGAUGAAAGAACUUAGAGAUAAAUCUGAGAAGCACAUUUUCAAGGCUGAAGUUGAUAGAAUGAUGAAACUCAUUAUUAAUUCACUAUAUAAGAACAAAGAGAUCUUCUUGCGUGAAUUGAUUUCUAACGCUUCUGAUGCCUUGGAUAAAAUCAGAUUGUUGUCUUUGACCGAUAAAUCUGCUUUGGAUGCCACAGACGAAUUUUCCAUAAGAAUAAAGGCUGACAAGGACAAUCACAUGCUACACGUUACAGACACUGGUAUUGGAAUGACAAAAGAAGACUUGAAGAAUAACCUUGGUACUAUUGCUAAAUCAGGAACCAGUGAAUUUCUCAAUAAAAUUUCGGAGGUGCAAUCUGCAGAUGAGAUGAGUGAUAUGAUUGGUCAGUUUGGCGUUGGUUUCUACUCAUCUUUCUUGGUAUCAGACACGGUCAUUGUGACGUCAAAGAACAAUGAUGACAAACAAUACAUCUGGGAAUCUGAUGCGUCUGAAUUCUCCGUGGUUGAAGAUCCACGUGGUGAUACACUCAAACGAGGCACAACUGUCAGUUUACUUUUGAAGGAAGAGGCCUAUGACUUCUUGGAACCAGGAACCAUUAGAGAACUUGUCAAAAAAUACAGUCAGUUCAUCAACUUCCCAAUCUAUCUGUGGGCCAGUAAAACUGAGAUGGUAGAUGAGCCUUUGGAUGAGGAUGAAAUUGAAGCACAAGAGAUGGAAGACGCAGAUGAAACUGAGGAGGGAGACGAAGAUGAAGAAGCCCAGGUUGAAGAAGAGGCUGAAGAGGAAGAGGAGAAACCAAAAACCAAACAAGUAGAGAAGACUACAUGGGACUGGGAAUUAAUGAAUGCAAACAAACCAAUUUGGACCAGGAAUCCUAAAGAAAUUACAGAUGAAGAAUACAAUGACUUUUUCAAGCAGUUCACCAAAGAGGUUGAAGACCCAUUGGCAAAAACACAUUUCACUGCAGAGGGUGAAGUAACUUUCAAGUCUAUCUUGUAUGUCCCCAAAACUGCACCUUCCGGUAUGUUCAACGAUUAUGGAAAGAAGACAGAUUUCAUCAAAAUGUAUGUACGUAGAGUGUUUAUCACCGAUGACUUUGAAGACAUGAUGCCAAAAUACUUGAGCUUUGUCAAGGGAAUUGUUGACUCGGACGAUCUGCCUUUGAAUGUAUCUCGUGAAACUCUUCAACAACAUAAACUACUGAAAGUCAUUAAGAAAAAACUUGUUAGAAAGACUUUAGAUAUGAUCAAAAAGCUGGAUAUCGAAGAAUACAAUGAAAAAUUCUGGAAGGAGUUUGGUACCAACAUUAAGCUUGGUAUUAUUGAAGAUCAUUCAAAUCGUACUCGUCUUGCCAAGUUGGUCAGAUUCUUCUCGUCCAACUCUGAUACAGAAUUUACCAGUCUCGCUGAAUAUGUGGAAAGGAUGAAGGAUAAACAAGAGCAUAUUUACUUUAUGGGUGGUGCCAGCAGAAAAGAGGUUGAGAGUACACCAUUUGUUGAAAGACUAUUAAAGAAAGGCUAUGAAGUGCUGUAUCUGAUAGAGCCAGUAGAUGAAUACUGUAUACAGUCACUGCCAGAAUUUGAUGGAAAGAAAUUCCAGAAUGUUGCCAAGGAAGGUCUCAAACUCGAUGAAUCUGAAUCCGCUAAGGAAAGAUUUGAAGAAAUUGAAAAAGAAUAUGAACCAUUGAUGAAAUGGAUGAAAGAUGCAGCUCUCACAGAUAAGAUCAAGGAAGCUGUGAUUUCCAAGCGCUUGACAGAUUCACCAUGUGCAUUAGUGGCUAGUUCAUAUGGUUGGUCUGGUAAUAUGGAGCGUAUCAUGUUUGAAACGGCUGUUCUGAGAUCAGGAUUCAAUUUAGAAGACUCUGCUGCCUUUGCCUCAAGAAUUGAAAAAAUGUUAAAACUGAGUAUGGACAUUGAUCCAGAUACAAAGGUUGAGGAAUGGCCUGAAGAUUUGGAAGAAGCUGAUGAGGAAGAUGAGGAGGAAGAUGAUGACGACGAAGAGGAGGAAGAAGAAGAAAUUGAAGACGAAGAACCAGGAGCAGGAGAAGAUGAAAUAUUAGAACCAGAGGUUGAAGACCAUGAUGAACUCUAACAUUCUUCAGAACAGUGUGGUUUUUAUACAAAAAAUAAAUAAAUAAAUGGGUCUUAACUGAAAAGUGCUGUGCUAUAAAAUAUUCCUCAUGGAGGAAAUUUUCUCUUCCUUGAUGUGCAACUUGUGUACAAUGGUGAUGGUUACCAUAGAAACUGAGAAAUAGCCAAUCAAUGCCAAGGAUCUUUACAAAUUGUAAAUGUUUUAAAGAAUAUAGCAAUUUGUCACUUUUUGAAAUAAUGAAUUUAUUUUAUAAGUGUUUUUUUUAGUUACGAAUAUCCUAACAUUGAAACGAUAAAAUCUGUUCUCUGUGAUUUUUGUGAGUCAAUUGUUAGAUUAUUAGUUAUGUGUAUCGUUCAUACUUUUAGUUUUCUACUGUUAUUCCCAACUUUUAUAAAGAAAAGUGUCUGUGCUUUAGAUUCUUAGAGCUGAUCAUGUUUCUCUUUUCCUGUCAUUGUUUGUGCAACCAAGUUAAGGUGUCACAAAAAAAAUGUAAACAUUGAAAGAAAAUGUAUAAAAAAGGAAAAAAAUAAAUUAUUUCUUAAACAAA